GAUGUGCAAUGUCCAGUCACAGAAGAAUCAGUGCAAUACUCCUUGACGGGUGGUGACUACGGAACGGUACGUGGAGGUUUUGGAAGAUGAUUUCAUCCCCAUUAUACAAAAUGACCUGAUUUCAACAAGAUGGGGUUCAUGCAAGAUGAAACUCUACCCCAUCAAAGCAGGAGAGUGUUUGAUUUCCUGGGUAGAACUUUGGGAACCACAUUCCGGCUCUGGGCACCCAGAGACCACUGGCACGGGCCUUUAUUGGCUGCCAUAUUCUCCGCGUCUGAGCAUAUGCGGCUCAUUUCUGUUGGGCUAUAUUAAAGACAAGGUGUGCAGCAAUAACCCCAAAACCAUUUCUGAGCUGAAAACAGUCAUUCAGAAGGUCAUUGACAGCAUUAAUGUUUUGACACUUCAGUGGGUCAUCCAGAAUUUUGCUAUUUGUCUGUGCCACAUCAUCGCCAAUGAUGGAUGGCAUAUCAAACAUGUCAUAACCUAAAUUUGGAUAUCUGUAGUGACAUUUACAUGUUGAAUAAAGUGUGUGCAUGCCAUAGUUUGUAUCUAAUUUAUGUUUUUUUCAUACAGUUCAAUAAUUGUCAUCCUGUGUGUGUGUGUGUGUAUUUGGAUUAAAAUAUAUGGCUUAGGAGUGCUAUAUUUAAAUGAGUUUAACAAUCUGUGUAAUAUUUUAAUGUGAACUAAGCAAAAAAUAUGUGACAGAUGAUUAGCUAUGUCUGAGACUGAACGCCGGGCAGAUGGACGAGCACAACGUGUUCGAGCUCGGAGGAACAAAGCUAAUGCUCGAGAGAGGCAUCGUAUGCACGGACUCAAUGCUGCACUUGAUCGUCUACGCAGAUGCAUCCCACUGCAAAGUCCCACUUCACCUCUUUCGCCAGCAUCCCAGCAGCAACAAAAAUUGUCCAAAAUUGAAACACUGAGACUUGCACGUAAUUACAUAUGGGCAUUGGCGCAAGUGUUGGCGGAAGGUCAUCCAAUGGAAGGUAACAGGCUCCUAAGAGUCCUUUCAAGAGGUCUGAGCCAGGCUACUGCAUCUCAACUGGCAGCAGCACUUACCUCUCAGGGCUGCCAACUAGCAACAGGCUGGGGUCUCAAUCAAAUAUAUAGUUGUGAUAUGCAUGAAAUACACAAUACCAUAUACAAUGGAAAUGUGUCUGCACUGAGCAAUGGAUACUGUCCUGGCUUCUUACCACAACAGGCUGAUGGCAACCUCUUAUACAGUUGUCCACGCCAAGGCAUAUCAUGUGGUUACAGUGGUGUAGAUUGCCACUGGGAUGAUCAGGACACAUCAUCAUCCUUCACAUCUGUCAAUGUGAGUUCUCAGGACUCAUCACCUGAGCACACUUACACCUACCAGGCACAGGCGUGCUGCUAUCAGUGGUAAAAUGUGGCCAAACUAGCCCUUGUAUCUCUGUACAAACUGAUC